AUGCGCCUUCUCUAUAUCGGGCCACAGGCCGAGUUGACUUUCACUAACGACCUUAUCCACGGGAAAGACGAAAUACCUCCUUACGCAAUUCUAUCGCACACGUGGGAAGCCGACCACAAUAAUGAGAUCACCUAUAAAGACAUCAUGAAGCAGAGAGGGAGCCAGAAAUCUGGGUAUCGAAAAAUCCAGUUCUGCGCGGACCAAACCAAAGCCGAUAGCCUAGAGCACUUCUGGGUCGAUACCUGCUGCAUCGACAAGACAAACGCCGCCGAACUCGCCGAAUCGAUUAAUUCGAUGUUCCGCUGGUAUCAGCAUGCUGCGAAAUGCUACGUGUAUCUCUCCGACGUGUCUUCCGGUCGUAAUCAGAUACAUGAGCCCUUACGAUCGACAUGGAAGCAAGAAUUUCGAAGUAGCCGAUGGUUCAAAAGAGGGUGGACACUACAAGAACUUAUCGCACCUGCCGUCGUUGAGUUCUUCUCCUCGGAGAGACAGCGGCUAGGUGAUAAGAAAACGCUUAGCCAAACGAUCCACGAAGCGACCAGCAUCCCGAAGCACGCCCUCCAAGGAGUUCCCCUUUCAGAGUUUACCGCUGAGGAGAGGAUUUCAUGGUCAAAGACUCGGAAGACAUCGAAGACAGAGGAUAGGGCAUACUCUUUGCUUGGAUUACUUUCUAUUUCCAUGCCGAUCAUAUACGGCGAAGGCGAAGAGCAAGCAUUUGAGCGACUUCGCAACGAAAUCACCAGGCGCUCUCCAUUAAGGAUGCUCACAAAACUUCCUGUAGCUGACGGAGCCGCCUUCGAUUCCCAUGGGAACGAACACACACAAUGUCUUCCAGACACUCGAACCGAUGUCCUGGAUGAGAUCGCGCAAUGGGCGAACGAUCCUCAUUCAAAAAUCGUUUACUGGCUGAACGGAAUGGCCGGGACCGGAAAGUCGACCAUAUCGCGUACGCUCGCCCAGAGGUUCUUAGAAGACAAUAAACUUGGAGCUACGUUCUUCUUCAAAAGGGGCGAGGGCGAUCGUGGCGGCACGUCAAAAUUUUUCACAACAGUCGUCAGUCAACUUAUUCAGCAUGUACCAGAUACAGCCAGGCAUGUGCAGGCUGCUAUGGAAGUAGAUCCUGCGAUUAUCUCGAAAGCCAUGCGAGAACAAUUCCAGAAGCUGAUUAUUGAUCCUGUUUCCAAGACCACAACCAGCACUAAUCAGUAUCGCAUGUAUGUGAUCAUUGUUGACGCAUUAGAUGAGUGUGAACGGGAGAAAGACGUCGAGAGUCUAAUCAACCUAUUGUCAAGUACAAAAUUGACCAAAAACCUCCAGCUUAAAUUCUUCCUUACAAGUCGCCCAGAACUUCCUAUCCGGGUGGGGUUUCAGGCUGUGAGCGGGACAUACCAAAAUUUCGUGUUGCACGAAGUGGUAGAAUCAGUGAUCGAGCACGAUAUAAAUGUAUACCUGAGGUACGAGCUCGGUAAAGUCAGGGAAACCUUUAAUCGAAAUCCUAUUAGCGGCCAGCCUUUGCCUGCGAACUGGCCAUCCCGAACAGCCCUCGAAACGCUAGUCAGAAUGGCUAUCCCGCUAUUCAUUUUCGCAGCGACGAUCUGCCGCUUUAUCGCGGACAGGCGAGUGGGCAGCCCAGAUGAACAACUUAAGGAGGUGUUAGAGUACGAAACGAAGAGCCAAGAAUCUCAACUAGACGCGACUUAUCUUCCGGUCCUCCAGUCUAUGCUUACUGGACUUAACCAGAGAGCUCGCAGACGAGUUCUAGAUCGCUUCAACACUGUCGUUGGACCAAUAAUCACACUUGUCAACCCAUUAUCUACUCCUGCGCUUGCUCAGCUGCUGGGUAUCCCACAGGACAUGGUCGAUGGAGCGCUUGAGACACUUCACUCCGUCUUGAAUGUCCCCCGGACCGCCCACCAACCAAUUCGACUUCUGCACUUAUCUUUUCGUGAUUUCUUGGUCGACCCGGCAAGGCAAGGAGAGCCAUUCUGGAUGAAUGAAGAAGACGUCCACCGACAGCUUGCCGGUCGCUGCCUUUAUGUGCUGAACAAUUCGCUAAUUACUGACAUGUGCCAAGUCGUCGCCCUUGGGACGCCAGCCUCUUCUAUUUCCGAGAUGGAAAUCAACAAACACAUAUCACCCGAACUGCAAUAUGCAUGUCGCUUUUGGGCAUAUCAUUUUCAAAGGUCACUGCCCACCGCAUUGAACAUUGCCGGUAUCAGGCUGUUCUUAUCGUCGCAUUUUUUAGAAUGGUUAGAAGCACUAAGCUGGAUAGGCAGACUUUCGGACAGUCUAAUCAUAAUCGAGUCUUUACGAUCAAUUAUCUCAUCAGAAGAAUGCGAAGAGCUUGCGAAUUUUUUAAGCGACUCAGUGCGAUUUAUGCAAGCCAUGGGGCCGAAUAUCCAGGCAACCCCUCUUCAAGCGUACUCAUCGGCAUUGCUAUUCUCUCCUAAGGGAAGUGUCGUUCGCAAUUGUUUCAGGCACAAUUUGUCGAAGUAUGUGGCUUUGGAACCUGAAAUGCCAUUAUUUUGGAGCCAGAAGCAGACGACGCUCGAGGGGCAUACCGGUCCGGUCAAUUCGGUGGCGUUCUCGCCGGACGGCCAGCGGGUGGCGUCGGCAUCGGACGACCACACCGUGAUCCUCUGGUCGGCCGAGACGGGCGAGAUGCAGGCGACGGUCGAGGGGCAUACCGAAUGGGUCACUUCAGUGGCGUUCUCGCCGGACGGCCAGCGGGUGGCGUCGGCAUCGGGCGACCACACCGUGAUCCUCUGGUCGGCCGAGACGGGCGAGAUGCAGGCGACGCUCGAGGGGCAUACCGGACCGGUCACCUCGGUGGCGUUCUCGCCGGACGGCCAGCGGGUGGCGUCGGCAUCGGACGACCACACCGUGAUCCUCUGGUCGGCCGAGACGGGCGAGAUGCAGGCGACGCUCGAGGGGCAUACCGGUCCGGUCAAUUCGGUGGCGUUCUCGCCGGACGGCCAGCGGGUGGCGUCGGCAUCGGACGACCACACCGUGAUCCUCUGGUCGGCCGAGACGGGCGAGAUGCAGGCGACGCUCGAAGGGCAUACCGGACUGGUCACCUCGGUGGCGUUCUCGCCGGACGGCCAGCGGGUGGCGUCGGCAUCGCGCGACCACACCGUGAUCCUCUGGUCGGCCGAGACGGGCGAGAUGCAGGCGACGGUCGAGGGGCAUACCGGACCGGUCACCUCGGUGGCGUUCUCGCCGGACGGCCAGCGGGUGGCGUCGGCAUCGGACGACCACACCGUGAUCCUCUGGUCGGCCGAGACGGGCGAGAUGCAGGCGACGCUCGAGGGGCAUACCGAACCGGUCACCUCGGUGGCGUUCUCGCCGGACGGCCAGCGGGUGGCGUCGGCAUCGGACGACCACACCGUGAUCCUCUGGUCGGCCGAGACGGGCGAGAUGCAGGCGACGCUCGAAGGGCAUACCGGUCCGGUCACCUCGGUGGCGUUCUCGCCGGACGGCCAGCGGGUGGCGUCGGCAUCGCGCGACCACACCGUGAUCCUCUGGUCGGCCGAGACGGGCGAGAUGCAGGCGACGCUCGAGGGGCAUACCGAAUCGGUCACCUCGGUGGCGUUCUCGCCGGACGGCCAGCGGGUGGCGUCGGCAUCGCGCGACCACACCGUGAUCCUCUGGUCGGCCGAGACGGGCGAGAUGCAGGCGACGCUCGAGGGGCAUACCGAACCGGUCACUUCGGUGGCGUUCUCGCCGGACGGCCAGCUGGUGGCGUCGGCAUCGUACGACCACACCGUGAUCCUCUGGUCGGCCGAGACGGGCGAGAUGCAGGCGACGCUCGAGACCGGGCCGGUUUACGAUUUGCGUUUUGACUUAAGAGGUACACGGCUCCUAACGAAUCGAGGAUCGUUCAUUAUAAAUGCUGUAUAUGACAUUAGCUCCGAGACUCACGGCGACUCACCCUUCGUUAACCAGGUUUGCAUAAGCUAUGGGAUUAGCAAAGACAGUUGCUGGAUCACUUUCAACGGGCAAAACCUCUUAUGGCUGCCCGCAGAGUAUCGUCCCGCGAUGUCUGCGGUCUUCGGCAAUACGCUUGCCAUUGGUUGCUCAUCCGGCCAUGUCUUUAUCUUGCGGUUUGCAUAUCAACAUUGA